AUCUGCAGGAGAGCAACAUAAAACAAAAUUCAUUGAACCGGCGUAGCCUUCUCGAAAUUGUACUGCGUCCGAACAGAGUUUGAGGUUGGCUGCCCGACGAACAAGUGCAUAACCACACGUAUGCCGUCUGUUCGGCGUAGUGUUGUUUGACAGUUUUGACGUGGCAGGACCUUAAGAUCAAGAUCUAGAAAAGGAAAAGGAAUGUCACUGUGGCGAAGCCUGGAAUGUUCAUGCAAAGACUUGCAGUUGCUGAUGACUCUUAGUGGAGGUCAAUGCUUCAGGUGGCACAAAAAUGAAGAAGGGGAAUGGACUGGAGUCUUUGCUCAAAGAAUAUGGACAUUGAAGCAAACUGAUGAAAAAAUUCUUUAUCAUGUUCAACAUGCCACUAAAUUAGCUCAGCCUAAAUCAAAACCAAAGGUCAGGAGGAAAGAAACAUUGGUGAGAAAAAAGCAGGCAGAUACUGAAUUAAAUAUUCUGGAUAAAGAUGCACUUCAGCUUGAGGAUGAGAAGCUUCUUAAAAAUUACUUCAGAUUAGAUUUUUCUCUGGAUGAAAUGUAUGCUAAAUGGGGUGAAAGUGACCCAAACUUCAAAGAAGUCGCAUCAAAGUUUCAUGGAGUGAGAAUGCUCAAACAGGAUCCAGUUGAAAAUAUAUUUUCAUUUAUUUGCUCAUCAAACAAUAAUAUAGCAAGGAUAUCCGGCAUGGUCGAAAAGAUGUGCACAUUGUAUGGUGAAGUAAUUGGAGAGAAAAAUGGACAGUCAUACCAUGCGUUUCCUGAUGUAAAUCGACUGGCGGAUCCCAUAGUGGAGCAAGACUUGCGCACAGCCAGCUUUGGUUACCGUGCCAAGUUCAUCCAGAAAUCAGCUGAAAUGAUUCAGUCACUAGGUGGAGAAUCAUGGCUUCAAUCCCUUCAGUCAAAACCGUACACAGAAGCCAAAGCUGCACUCAUGCAACUGCCAGGGAUUGGAGCAAAGGUUGCUGAUUGCAUUUGCUUGAUGUCAUUAGAUCAUCUUGAAGCUAUCCCAGUUGACACUCAUGUUUGGCAGAUAAGCUGUCGUUAUCUGCCUCAUUUAAAAAAUUAUAAAUCUGUCACUGAGAAGGUGUAUAAUGAAAUAGGAGAGUACUUCCGUGACCUUUAUGGACCGUACGCUGGCUGGGCCCACACAGUUCUAUUUUGUGCUGAUUUAAAGAUGUUCCAAGAGAAACCAGUAGGAGGUAAAAAGCGCAAAAUCAACAGAGUUAGUAAAGAAGAGAAGCAGAAAAAAUCUAGUUAAUAAUUCACAUAGGUAUUUUGUAACUUAGUCCUUUUUUAACCCAUCUACUGCCUGGUGAAUAGAUUAUUUAAUGAUUUUUUAAGUCA